AUAAAAUGUCGGUAGCACGUGGUGCUUUAAUAGUUUUCGAAGGAUGCGACAGAGCAGGAAAAUCUACUCAAGUAAAAAUGUUAAUAGAAGCUUUGAAGAAGCGAAGCAUUCCUACAGAAGCGCGAGCUUUUCCAGAUAGAACCACUCCUAUUGGAACAUUGAUAAAUAAUUUCUUAACUAAGAAACAAGAAUUUUCUCCUGAAACAGUACAUUUGUUAUUUUGUGCAAACAGAUGGGAAUGUAAAGAAGAUAUUUUAAAUAGCUUAUACAGUGGUACUACUGUUGUCAUUGAUAGAUAUGCAGCUUCAGGUGCUGCUUAUACAUCAGCCGUAAGUGGCAGAUGUUUAAAUUUUUGUAAAACACCUGAUAAAGGAUUACCUUCUCCAGAUCUUGUUAUACUACUUAAGAUUUCAGAAGAAUCUCAAUCUACACGUAGUAACUGGGGUAGUGAACGUUAUGAAUAUAGCAAGCUUCAACAGAGUGUUGCUAUAAACUAUGAAAAACUGAUCGAGCAAUCAUGGAGUGUUAUAGAUGCUAAUCAAGAAAAAUUAACAAUACAUUCUCAAGUACUGCAACAGGUACUAGAUACUAUAGAAAAAGUUAAAAGUUUACCCAUAGAAAAGUUAUAUACAUCACAAAAUUGAAAAUAUUUAACUGUGUGUAAUAUAGUUCACAAUUUCUACAUUAUAUUUCGAAUUCUUUUUAGAAUCUCAGAUUUACUAUAUUCAGUUUAAAAAUCAACUACUUAAAGUAAUGAAAAUCUUAAACUAUCUUGUUUCCAUAUCAAAUGCAUUUGUACUGCUCAGAGAUAUCAAACUAUGUUUCUAUCUUAAAGGAAAAUGUAUUUUCUUUGAGGAAAUGUACAUUUUUCGUGAAUGUUAAUGCUCAGAAGCAAAAGUAUGAUCUAUCUACUGAAUCAGAAAGUGCACUUUACGCGGUCGUGUUCACGCAUACAAGAAUACGUAUCAUGAUGUAAAAUCAUAGAAAUGAAAUAUGCACGCGACGUUUUAUAUUAUGUGCUUUUAUUCUUCUAUACUUAGAAUUUAAUAUACCAUUGUAUCCUGCUACAAGCAAUAAUACAUACUUUAUUACAGUA